AUGGAUAUCCCGAACUGCCGUACCCACGCUCGGAGACCCAUUUCCAUUGUGCGCAUACUGGAGGAUCAGGAUGAAUACAGUGCCCGAACUCAUCCAACCCACGUGAUCACGAACAACCAAUCAGGAAAUAGUAAUUAUGGGUACACUAAUCCGAACACACUCGGCUAUCGUACACCGGUUAUGACUCACAGUCAGGAAGAUUUGUCCGAUAUCUCGGGCGAUCAGGUGAAACAGACGAUUCGAAUCAUGCCAUGGCAACCGACCGAACCGAUCACAUAUGAGCCCAAUCAUUCCGAUCUUUCCGAUGAAAAUCGUCCGGGCACAGUUUCUACCACUGUUCGGAGACCGGCCGAGGUGGGCUAUGUUCGUGAAAUAUCUAUUCCCUCCGGAUCUACCCCGGAAAUGUACCGGAAGGAACCGCAUCCGAUUUCUUCAUCGCCAAAUACGCCAUACAAUUCCCAUUCCCGCGUUGUUAUGGAGCUUCCUUUGAAUCCGGAUUACAAUCCGCCCGGUUCCUUACUACAUGGCACGGUUAUUUCUCGACCAUCCAGUGUGGACGCACACAAUGCCAACAGUUUUCACAAUAACGGAAAUCAUUAUUCUCAGGACUCAACUUUCCAUCGAACCAUCCCCAUGAACGGAGCUCAUCAGGACUCUUUCGUGUCUCUGUCCAAUUCGGAUUUGCAGGAUGACACGGAGAGCACAGACAGUGAUAUCCAACCCACCAGUUUGCAACGAUUCCCGCGACUGGCAAUUGAUGAGCACGAAUCCCCAUUAGCUUAUCGGAUUCGUGAGAAGCCAUCCCCACAGUCCACUCCCAGUCUGCCACGACGUGCAACGACCAGUCAGACGAUCCAGCUCAGACAACCUACUACACAGGAGAGUUUGAACACAUCGAUUGACCAGAUCACGUCUGGACCCGGUCGAUAUAAACCGGUACAAACAACAACAGAUGGUGGUUCUGAUCAAGGGUCAAUGACCCUAAAACAUCCGGUCGCACCCACAAUCUUACGUUUGACUGAGCAGCUAUUUCGAAACGUGUCACAACCAUCCACCGUCCCCAUGACAAUACAAGGUAAAACAGUCGCCUCUGUGAUCACGACCACCACUUUACCCAUCACGACACCGACCUCGCCGAAUCUGCAGACCAAAACUUCGACGGCAUUCACAAAUAUAACCAUGUCUCCUCCAACAAGACAUGAUGACAACUGGUUCCGGCGAAAUGAGGCUUCCAACCUGAUGCGGGAUUUUGGCCUCCCACCGAAUGGUUAUGACACGACUUAUCCAGAAAAUACAUUCUCUCGGGUCCCGCGCUGGUUUCAUGGUACUAUUGACCGCUCUCGAGCGGAACAGCUGUUGCGACAAGUUGACUUAGACGGGGCAUUUCUUGUGCGUGUUGAUCCGUCGGCUCAGCGUUAUGUGAUCAGUGUGCUAUGGGCCGGGAUCUGUUCUCACGUUUUAGUCUCAGUGAUCACUCCCGAACCGGGUCAGAACUCGUUUGGACCGUCCUAUCAGUUAUUCGGAUUUCCCAAUGUGAAUCAGUUCUCUUCACUAAGGGAACUAAUACAAUAUUAUGCGACUCAUCCCUUAACUCCACAAGAACACCAAUUACUUCUGUACGCUGUGGGACAAGUAAUCACUCCUUCCGGUUUACCGGACUAUGCGGAUCUAUUUUAUCCGCCCACGCCCAUGGAUCGUCAAACACGAUUCUGA